AUGGACACUCUAGCCAGCUCGUCUAGCCACGUUCUGGCUAUCGCCGGUAGCUUCGCCGCUCUAUACGUCGCAUACCAUUUGUUCAAUAUCAUCUAUACCAUCUUCUUCCACCCCUUGAGCAAUGUUCCUGGUCCUUGGUAUCUCGCUGCUUCUCGUCUUCCAUACAUACGUCACAGUCUGAACGGCACGCUUCUGUCAUGGAUGCAAGAGCUGCAUGAGAAGUAUGGUGAGAUUGUUCGAUACAGUCCUAACGAGGUGUCUGUCAUCUCGGGCAAGGACAACCCGUGGCAAGAAAUCUAUGGUUUCCGCACUGGCAAGCAGAAGCACACAGGGAGUUUCGAAAAAGAUCCUGUCUGGUAUCCUACCCCCAUGGAUGGAAUCCCGCAUCUCAUAGCCGCUCGAGGAGAGAAUCAUGGUCGUCAACGACGUGUCAUCAGUCACGCUUUCUCUGAUAGAGCUCUUCGGGAACAAGAAGGCUUGCUCCAAUCUUAUGUCGAUCUACUCAUCUCGAGGUUCCGCGAUAUUGUAGACCGCAACCCAGACUACGCUUCUGGUGGUGACGGCUGGGACUCUACCGGCAAGAUUGAGCUUUGUAAAUGGUACAAUGGCCUCACCUUUGAUGUGAUUGCAGACCUGAGCUUCGGGCAAUCCUUUGGUUCUCUUGCCGAUAUGAAACAACACCCCUGGGUCGGCAACAUCCUCGAAAGUCUCAAAUCUGUGAAGUUCGCCUAUGUCACGUACUACUUCCCUAUCGUCAGGAACAUGGGCUCUCUCAUCAUCAAGAAAUCGCAGCUCGACAAACGCGUCGAACUCUUCAAGUGGAUCAAAGCUAAGACCGCGGCUAGAGUCGCCGCCGAAACACAACGACCAGAUUUCGUGACUUCCAUCUUACAGAACUCAGAAGGAGACGGCAAGAAAGGCGAGGGCUUGCGCAAGGGCGAGCUGGAAAGCAACCUUGGUAUCUUCAUGGUAGCCGGUACGGAGACAACAGCGACAACACUUUCGAUCGGCAGCUAUCUUCUACUCGAAAACCAAACCGCGAUGGACAAACUCAAGCAAGAGAUCCGAAGCCGUUACAAGAGCAAUGCUGAGAUCACCGUCGACUCCGUUACCCAGCUCGAGUACCUGAACGCCGUCAUUCACGAAAUCUUGCGAUGUUAUCCUCCUGUUCCCGCAGGGUUUCUGAGGAAAGUGCCCGAUACAGGCGCAGAUGUCGCUGGUGUGCAUUUUUCAGGCAAGGGCAAUGUAUGUGCUUCAUCAUCGGGCCUUCUGGUUGUGACAAUCCACUCACAUACAUCUAGGNCCUCCAUUUCCGUCAGCCAAUACAUUGCCAACCGCUCUGCUCUGAACUUCACCGACCCAGCACUCUUUGUCCCAGAGCGUUGGCUUGCAACGCCGCCACAGAAAUAUGCUAAUGACAAUCUCGCAAUCGUGCAACCAUUUUCUUUUGGACCCAGAAACUGCUUAGGCAAGAACCUCGCGUAUGCAGAGUUACGAUUGGUGUUUGCAAAGAUGUUGUUCAAUUUCGACAUCGAGCUGGACCCAAGAAGUGUUGGGUGGGAGAAGAGGCUUGAGCACCAUACUCUGUGGUACAGACCUGAUCUGUGGGUAAAGUUGAAUGCAGUGAGAGAAUGA